UUUUUUUACUUGGAAAAAAAAUAUACAUAAUAAAAAAAUUUAAUUAAUCAACAACUUCAACUUAUUUAAUUUAAUGAAAUUUGUAAAUUUAUAAUAUUUAAAUAUCUAAUAAUAAAAUGACAAAUUCAGAAAAUGAUAGGCAUAAGCUAUUAAAUAUGGGAUUAUGCUCUGGUAAUUCUGAUUCCCCCAAUAUAUUUGAUCAGGAAAGUAAAUAUUCUAAUUAUAGUAUGUUUAAUUUAAGUAAAACAAUUAAUACUGAAAAAUAUAAAGAUAUAGAUGAAGAUACUGAUACAACAAAUAAUGCCCAGGUAGUAAAAGUUCCAUUAGUACAAGAAGUAAAUGUAAGAGAAAGAAUAAUUGAAGUUCCAGAAGUUCACUUAAAACAAAAAAUUAAACCCAAAGUCAUAGUAAAGGAUGUUAUUAGAAAAAUUCCAAAAGAGGAGAUUAUAUAUAAAGAGAAAAUUGUUGAAGUACCAGAAAUAAGGGUUAUAGAUAAAUAUGUAUCAAAACCAGUAACUAAAUAUAUUGAACGUAUUGUACCAAAAAUAGAAUACAAGGAAAUUAUAAAAGAGGUACCUAAGAUUGAAAUUCAAUAUGUUGAAAAGAUUGUUGAAGUUCCAGAAAUAAAAAUUGUUGAUAAAAUAGUUGAAGUACCAAAAAUACAUCAUAUAGUAAAAGAAGUACCAAAAAUAGAAGUAGAAGAUGUUCAAAUUGAAAAAAUUGUCCAAGUUCCAAAAGUAGAAAUACAACUUGUUGAGAAAGAGAGAUAUGUAUUAGGACCAGUUGAAUAUAUAGAUAUUCCUAUUGAAAGAAUUACGCUAAAACCUGUACCAUAUAUUAUUGAAAAAGUCGUUGAAGUUCCUGUUCCACAGGAAAUUGUGAUAGAAGUUCCUAUCUUUAAUCCAGUAGUUGGAGAUUUCAUUGAUAUACCUGUGGAUAUCCCAGUUACGGUAGAAAAAGUUGUAGAAGUUCCUGUUCAAGGUAGAAUUAUACCUGUUCCAGUAGAAGUUGAAAUUGAGAAAAUUGUAGAAGUACCAAUAGAAGUCCCUCAAGAACACAUUAGGGUAGUUUCUAAACAAGUUCCUCAAUUUGUUGAAAAGAUACGUACGGUGGAAGUUCCUCAAUUUCAAGAUGAGGUUGUUGAGGUUAAGCAGUAUGUGCCCUUUGUUAGACAUACCAUCAUAAAGCCUGUAGUGUCACAGGAGUUCAAAGAACUACCUCCUGUUGUUGAACAAGGUAGUGCUAGGUAUAUUAAGGAACCGCCACAAUAUUUAGAACCAGAAUAUGUGCAGGGUGAGGCUAUUGAGAUAGAUGAGGACACCCCCCUACCUGAGCCACCAGCCCCAAGGGUUAUAGCUGUCAGGCAGUCUGAUCAUCAAGAGGAAGGGUGUGAUCCUUUCUGA